CGGACGCCGACCGACUUCAGGAUCAGAUCCACCGCGUCCUAUCGCCGAGGUGAGCGCGGGAGAGACGCCGCCGGAGGGCCUCCGCGUGCCGGAUCAGCGCUGAGCGAAGCCCCGGUGAUGGAGGCGCGCGCCGUUACUCCCGCUCUAUUGUCCGCGUAUUGUUCUCCUUUGUCCUAGGCUCGCGCUGUUAUUCCGCGUUAUAACCGAGUUCGCGACCGGAAGCGCUCUGAGACGGCAUGCGUGGGCUCUUUCCUCUCAUGCAGCAGCACCAAGAUGGAAGGAUUUUUUUCCCCUACAGGAUGAUGGAGAGUCUGAUUGCGCAGUGCAGCAGCACAGUGGAGAUCUGCACUGGGGUUUGGAUCUGAUCAUGACUGCCUGAGUGCUCGUACUGACUUACUUAGCUUUAAAUCUGCUUUGCAUCACAACACAAUCCCAUCCUCUUCGUCAUCGUCGUGAUCUGUGAGUCGAAGUGGACGGAGCGGUGGUGAAGCCGCUCUCCGGUCGGUCCGCUCCAGAUGAGAGGCAAACAGUAUCAGCAGAUCAAACCUGCAGGACCUCGAGAGAGCGACGCUGACUAUGGGAGGAAACUCCGAACGUACCAGAACCCUGUGAAAAUAAUCGACCAGCCCGGCAUCGUGAUGAAGGUGCUGAGGAGGAAGCGGAUUAUCCUAUUCGUGGCCUAUUUCCUCCUGCUGGUUCUGACCAUGCUCAAUCUGGCCAACUACAGAUGGAGCAAAGAGCCGCAGCAGUGCAGCCACCAGCUGAGGAGCACCACGUACCAGGGCCGCUCGGACAUACGGUUCCUUUACAGACCCGCUCUGGUUAAGAAACGCCAGCUCGUUUACGUCUUGACCACGUGGCGAUCCGGGUCCAGCUUUUUCGGCGAGCUGUUCAACCAGAACCCUGACGUGUUCUUCCUGUACGAACCCAUGUGGCACAUCUGGCAGAAGCUCUACCCCGGUGAUGCGGUGUCUCUUCAGGGUGCAGCCAGAGACAUGCUGAGCUCGCUGUACCGCUGCGAUCUGUCUGUAUUCCAGCUGUAUAACAGCCCCGGGGGCAAAAACAUUACCUCUCUUGGCCUGUUUGGGGCCACGCUGAACAAAGUGAUUUGCUCGUACCCGCUGUGUUCCGCGUACAGAAAGGACGUGGUGGGAAUGGUGGACGACAAGGUGUGUAAGAAAUGUCCGCCACAGAGCCUCCGUCUGCUGGAGGACGAGUGUCUGAAGUACAACACUAUCGUUAUUAAAGGGGUGCGCAUUCUGGACGUCAACGUCCUGGCACCUCUCAUGGAAGAUCCCUCACUGGAGCUAAAAGUCAUCCACUUGGUAAGGGACCCCAGGGCCGUGGCCAACUCCAGGAUCAAAUCCAGGCACGGACUGAUCCGAGAGAACCUGCAGGUGGUCAGGAGUCGCGAUCCUAAACUUCGCCGGCUACCGCUCGCAGACGCCGCGCACAAAACGAACAAAAAGGACGGCGCCGACUACCACUCUAUCGGGGCCAUGGAGGUGAUAUGCGAUAGGACCUACAGGACCUUGAGGACGGCGUUGAACCCUCCCAGCUGGCUGAAGGGAAAGUAUCUGGCAGUGCGCUACGAGGACCUGGUGGAAAAUCCGGUAAAAGUACUUCGUCAGGUUUACCGCUUCGCUAACCUCAGCGCCAAUCACGACGUCGAGUCAUUCGCCCUGAACAUGACUAACGGGACAAACUCGUCCUCCAAGCCGUUCAUCGUGUCAUCCAGGAACGCCACGCUGGCGGCGAGCGCUUGGAGGACGCUCCUGAGCAUCCAGCAGAUCAAACAAGUCGAGGAUUACUGCCACCAGUCCAUGUCCGUGCUGGGCUACGAACGCGUAAGAACAGCCGCCGAGGCUAAAGACUUAAGCAAAUCCUUGCUGACUGCAUCUAAACUGUGAUGCUAACCUUUGACCAAAGACCUACAAAAAAAAAAAGUUCAUUUGAAUGAUUGUUUUUCUGUUGUAGCUCGAUAACUGUGGAGCUUUAUUUUGUUUCAGUGUUUCAUUGAGGGAUUUGACAUGCCUCAUAGGAAUGUAGUGUUUUAUUAUUAUUAUUAUUAUGAUUAUUAUUAUUAUUAUUAUUUCAGUUGUGAAAUUAUAAUGCUGCCAUGGCUUUUCUAAGUGGAUUGAUUAUGUACGUGUAUGACAAACUGCACCAUGACUUGAAUAUGAGAUGAGCCUUGAUGUUAUGUGAAACAUGUGUCUUGCGUCGAAAAUGCUUUCAUUUUUUUUUCAGUUCAUUUUUAUUUUUUAUUAUAAUUUGUUGAUUUUUUUUUUUCUCUCUUUGGGAUGUUUAUGAUGUUCAUUUAAAGUUUGUUUGCGGGAAAAAAAAACUGCAAAAGGAAAACGUGAAAACCAGUCGAAGCUCUCGUUUGUGAAGCAGGUGAUGCUGUUUAGUUAGUGCAGGAUGCUCUCAGAGACAAUCAUUAAAGUGCUCUGUAAUGCC